AUGGGAAUUGAGAAGGGAGCAGUGAUUCAGGAAGCUAGAGUCUUCAAUGACCCUCAGCUUGAUCCUAGGAGAUGCUCAUGCCUUGGCUUUGCUCCAUCAGACUGUCUUGUAGUGUUUGCUAAUACUGAGCAUAUUGUAGACUGUCUUGUUGUUCAUCUACCAUCAGCACUAGCUCAAUGA